GCUUGCUCCGUUUGCCGUUUAGAUCCCGUGUCAAAUUAAUCUCAUAGCAUCACGCGUGUACUCGGUUCCCGGAUCUACUUAAGCAAGCACUCCCCGAGCACACCUCUGUUCUCAUGUCCUUGCAUCGAAUUACUCAUAUCGCUCGCGUCGCUAUGUCUCGUUCCUUUGCCUCUGCCUCAGAAAUUAGAGUGAAGAGCCCUAUCGUUGGCUUGAGUGCUAUAGCCCGCGAGAAGGCGGAGCAGCUCUCAGUUUGGAAAGGAACUAGCGCUUCAGGUGAACCUACGAAGAUUUAUAUUGGGGGCCAAUUUGUGGACAGCAAGGCGCAGACUUUAAUCGAUGUUCUCGAUCCGUCAACCCAAACACUUCUGACACGAGUUCCGGAGACCACCAGCUCAGAGUUCGAGAGCGCGGUUGAAGCGGCUUCCCAAGCAUUCAAGACAUGGAGCCGCACAAGCCUUCUCACGAGACAGAGAUUCGUAUUCGAAUUGCAACACCAGAUCCGACAGAAUGCGGAUGCCAUAGCGGCAAGUAUUGUACUUGAACAGGGAAAGACUUUUGCCGAUGCGCAUGGCGAUGUAUUGCGUGGUCUGCAAGUUGUGGAACAUGCUUGUGGUAUAACCUCAACGAUGCUUGGUGACAAACUAGAAGUCAGCAAGGAUAUGGAUACUGAAACGCGGCGACUACCUCUGGGAAUCUGCGCUAGUAUUGCCCCUUUCAACUUCCCGGCCAUGAUUCCGCUUUGGACAAUUCCCAUGGCGCUAGUGACUGGGAACACACUUAUUGUGAAACCAUCAGAACGAGACCCUGGUGCGGCAAUGAUCCUUGCAGAACUAUGCGAACGAGCUGGACUACCACCUGGUGUCUUGAAUAUCGUCCAUGGUACCGUACCAACGGUCAAUGCUAUCUGCGACCAUCCAAAGAUCAAAGCAGUUAGCUUCGUUGGAGGUGAUCGAGCAGGGAAACAUAUUUACGACAGAGCAACAAGUAGUGGGAAACGAGUACAGGCGAAUAUGGGAGCGAAGAAUCACGCCGUAAUCAUGCCCGAUGCAAACAAGAACGCUUCAAUAAACGCCAUACUGGGAGCAGCUUUCGGUGCUGCUGGCCAACGAUGCAUGGCAAUAUCCGUUGUCAUUCUGGUCGGCCCUGCCCAAUCCUUCUUGCCAGAACUAAUUGAGCGCGCCAAAGCGCUAAAGGUCAAUGGUGGUUUCGAAAAGGGUGCUGACUUCGGACCCUUGACAUCUCCUGCUGCAAAGCAGCGAGUAAUUGGUCUCAUAUCAUCCGUGGAUGAAGAGGGUGGCAAAAUCCUUCUGGACGGUCGACGAAUCGAUGUCCCAGGAUACCCUGACGGGAACUUUGUCGGUGCAACGGUCAUUGAAGUAACAGUCGAUAUGCGAGCCUAUAAAGAGGAGAUUUUCGGACCAGUCCUUUGCGUUAUGACAGCUGAAACGUUAGACGAUGCUAUUGAAAUUAUCAACGCUAGCAAAUACGGCAAUGGCACAGCCAUAUUCACGCAAUCAGGUCCAACAGCGCGCAAGUUCGAGCGAGAAGUGGAGGUUGGUCAAGUCGGCAUUAACGUGCCCAUCCCAGUACCACUUCCCAUGUUUGCGUGGAGCGGUAACAAGGCUAGCUUCCUUGGUGAUAUUGGGUACUAUGGGAAGAGCGGUGUCAACUUCUACACCCAAUUCAAGACUACAACGAGCUUAUGGAGAGCGGAGGACGCGAUUGGAAACAAGGCGUCUGUGGACAUGCCUACGAUGAAAUAAAGGAUAGUGUGGACGCAAUCAUGUACCAAUAGUCAUUGAAAAUAGUCAUUAAGAAAUCUGCUGUCGUC